AUGAUGAUGUUUAGGAAAUCCAAGAAGAACAAUCAAGAGAAGGAGAAGGAGAUUGAUGAUAUUCGAGAAUCAAUAGAGACGACGAGCGAGAUUGUCGACAACCUAGUGAAGAUGGAGAAGCUAUACGUAAGGCUCUCUGUCCGUUCUUUCAUCUAUUCCGGCCGUGAAAACGACGAAGUUAGGGCUUCAGAAUUCUUGGAAACGAAGGCUUUGUACGAGCAACUUGCUUCUGCGACUGCGGAGAUGCGGGGUGUUUACUGUCGAGCUAUCGUUCGCUUAGAAAAGGAGAUUGAAGCGUUGGAGAUCCAAACAAAAGCUAAGCAGAACUGGAUGAAUCUGAUAUUAUGUGGAAAGCUGUUACCAAAACAACAAGACAAUACCUCUGUGAUAUGA